AUGCGUCUCGUCGGCGAGAGCAGCAGCGCAGGCCUGCAGAGCUCAGACAAGCGCUCAUUUGACCCAAUCUUAGAGAGCAAUGUCGACGCCGUACAAAAACGCUUCCCCCACCCAUAUCCAUUUCCAUCUCCAUCUCCAGCGCCUGCAGCCGCACCCGCACCUACAGUACCGCCAACACGUAGAAGCCAACAUGAACCUGAGCACGUCCGUAUACCCGCCCACGACUUUGACAGGCGUGUCUCGCAGCAUGGGGCCGACGCUGUCCAAGCAAACAGUGAGCACAUCCUUGGUCCAUUCUGGGCGCGUGAUAUCCACCAAGUCAUGGCCAUCAAGCGUGACGUCCUACACAACCCAACCUACCAACCAAACGAAUGGCUUCCAAGAGCAGAGCCUGGCUCGUCGCUGCCAAACAGCAUUCAGCGUCGUCAGACUGAAGCCGAACAGAGGUGUUAUGUCGGCAACGAUGAGCUCAGCUGCUACCCAACUGCCGGCACCACGGUUGUACAAAACACGUGGAGCAGGUUCAUCUGGAACGCCAACUACCCGCUCUUCGCUCAAGCUGGAUAUGUAGAUGUCUACCUUUUCCAAGAAGAUACGGACCGUCUCAUCACUUCGUGGAUGUCCCAGGACAACGGCCAAAAUAGACUCUCAUUCGAGCCAACCGACCUCUGGUGGGCCAACCGCUCAGCUGCCGACAACAUUCAACCCAACCAAAACAUCUCUUGGCCGUUUUACUUUGUUGUGCUGCCAGCCAAUCAGCCCCUCACGGGUACCACUACGCGUCUGGCCACCUUUACCGCGCUUCAAACCACCUUGCCUUACUCUAUUGCACAAGCCAGGGCGUCGUCAAGCUCGGCAGCUGCAGCCUCUUCUGCCAGUGCUGCCUCUGCUUCAGCGGCCAGCGCUUCCACAUCAGCCUCUUCCACCCUCACUGACAGUGCAGCUGCAGCAGCUUCGGCAUCUGCUGUUCAAUCCAGCCUUAGCGCUGCGCUCGAAUCUUCUUUGCGCGCCUCGGGUCUCAGCGGUACAGAAACCCUCCAAGCUACAACCACUGCCACGCUGCCCAAUGGUUCCGUUAUCACGGCAACAGCUACGGCCCAGGCCAACGGAGGACGUCUCGGAGGCAGUGGCAACAACUCCAACUCGAAUGGUCUCGCCCUUCCGACGUAUGCUAUCGUCCUCAUCUCAGUUCUCGGCUUCCUUGCCGUGGUCGCCGCCAUGGCCGGGGCCUACUUUGUCAUGGCUGCUCUUCGAAGGCGACGUCAGCGUCAACAUGGCGAUGGCAGUCAUCGAAGUUCUUCACCCAUGAUGGCGGCAGCUGCUGGCUCCCUGGCAGGCCGAAGUUUCAACGAAGGUGGAACGUAUGCUGGAGAGACGUCGCAGAUGCUUGAACAAGAAGACGCAGGCGCGGUCGCACUCGGAGCAGCAGCAGGCGCAGGCGCAGGAGGAGCAGCCAUGGCGGCCACCAACUCGAGGGCAAGUCGCUAUUCCGACGAACAGCCCUUUACCUCGGAUGAAGCAUCGCGCAUGGCUGAUGCUUUCCGCAACGCUCUGCGCAAACCUGAGUUCGCACCAGCCAUGGGCGGCGAAUCCUCGCCCGCCGACGGCGAGAGUCCCAACGAGGUCGCCGGUGGCUCACGUGCUUCC